CCAUGCCUGUGGGUGACUGUUGUUGCUCUUGGGGGGACAGCCCAGUUCCAGGCCGGUGACCCCAUCCUUACAUUGUCUCAGUGACCUGUAGUCAAUGUGUCACUGUUACUAAAAUAACUAUUUUGUGUGAAUCCUGAUGCAUGUGUAGGAUCAGUUCAUUCAGACUAUGACUCCACUUUCCUCCGCUCGCUGUUGGCGCAGACAGAUAUUUUAGGUAUUUUCACUCUUUUCUUAGAAUGUGAGUAACUUUACCCUUCAGUUGCAUUUAAAAAUUGGCUAAAAGUAAUCCAACAAGAGGAAAUUUAACGAAAGCCAGUCUAAAGCAGCUGAUGUCUGAAAGAAAAAACAACUGUCACAAUGAUUUUUUUUCUUCCAUCGAGUUGUUUGCCGUGCAAACGGCCGUUUUGUCUGCAGUGUUUGUCAAAAAUUACAGUUUCAACGGAAAACGGUGAGACUUUGAUCCUCAAAAGUUAGUCAGAUGAUGGUUUUCUGUGCGCGCAAGAGAGCUGAACGUACAAACAUCACGGCAGCACGCUGAUGGUGAGAGGGGGCGGGAAAGACAGGAAGAUGUUACCAGGUAAGGAAAUAAUGACUCAUAGGAUGGGUUAGAGUGAGCAAGAAGACAGAGAGAAAGAAGCAGACUAGAAGACGUUGACUUUACAGUAGAAGCGGAGCAAGACACAUCGAAGGAUGGGAUUAGUGCAAUACUUCUGGGUGGUGAUAUCUGCUCUGCUGACUCUCACCUCUCCCAUGCCACCAAGGAGCUUCAUGGAUGGAGACAGAAUGUGUACGGAAUGUCCUGCAGGUGAGUACUUCAGGUCUUGCAACGCUUGCACACCCUGUUCUGAUGGAUCCUACACGACUGAUUGGAACCGAGAGGAGCACUGUCACACCUGCUUCAGAGAUUGCUCACCAGAAAAUCAUCUGAGAGUGGUUCAGAAUUGCACCAGUAAAACCCCUCUGCUGUGUGAGUGUGAGUCUGGUUUCAGAUGCACAGACACGGUCCUCUUGUCGAGCAACUGCAGGCAGUGUGAACAAGAACAACAUCCAAAUGCAACAGCAAGCUCAGGCAAUGAUAAACCGAUCCCUCCCCCGGGUCAAACAGAACCCUGCAGGUACCCCAGGUGUGGCCGUCAGCCUGAAUCAACGAAGUCCAGCUCAAAUCCCAAAGGAGCUCUACUAGCAGCCAUUUUGAUUCCGGUGGUUUUGAUCGGAUGUGUGGCCCUGGCCAUCCUGUUCUGCAUCCAUCGUCCACGAGACGAGACCUGCUUCAGGCAAACUAUCGCCAAGCUGUGUAAUGAGGAAGGGCAAGAUGCGUCUCACAGGUCGAACGAGUCGACUCAUCCGUUCCCCGGAGACUCAUUCAGUGCAAAGCAGCAGCCGUCGCCCCUUUCAGCUUCAAGUUUAGGACCGGUUCACGUCCACAAUCCGGGCACCGUCAUAUUCAGCCUGCUCAGUCAAUUCACAGGCCAGGUCGGGCCAACUAUGCUGGGCGGGAAACGAGCCGAAAGAGCGAGCAACAAGGAGGAGGACGAUAAAGAUCGUCCCGUGUUUCAUCCCACGUCCUCUCCCAGCAUUCAUCUCUCUGAGGAGGAGAGGAGCGGAGAGAUCGACAACAUCUUCUUCCCCUCCCAGGAGCAGGGAAAGGACUGCCACGUGUCGAAGGAGGAGGGGUGUGAUGAUCUCUAAGGAUUUGUUUAUGAAGGACAAGCUGGUGUUCAGAAGAUCCAGUCGUGUAAAGAGGUUUAAAGCUGUGGAAACGACCGGACGAAGGUGGAGGUGAUUCAUCUUUCUCUAUAGAACAGAUUUUCUUCAGACUCUGGAAAACUCCCUGGAAUAUGAUCUUUUGUUUUGUUGUUUAUUUUUCAAUUUCAAUUCAAUUCAAGUUUAUUUAUGUAGCGCCAAAUCACGACAAGAGUCGUCUCAAGGCACUUCACAUAAUAAACAUUCCAAUUCAGGUCAGUUCAUUAAGCCAAUCAGCAAUAAUGUUUCCCAUAUAAGGAACCCAGCAAAUUGCAUCAAGUCAUUGACUAGUGUCAGUGACUUUACAGCAAUCCUCAUACUAAGCAAGCAUAAAGCGACAGUGGAGAGGAAAACUCCCUUUUAACAGGAAGAAACCUCCAGAGAUUCCUGGCUCAGUAUAAGCAGCCAUCCUCCACGACUCACUGGGGAUCGAGAAGACAGAAAACACACACACACACACACACACACACACACACAC